UGCUGAGAAUGGAGCAGGUUGUGCUUCCUCUGUGUUUUUGGAACAGCGUUAUCAGUGAUAGGAGCCCUGGUUGUGUUUAAAAACACUGAAGGUCUGACAGAGGUGAGAAACAAGACACCAAGAACAGAGCCAUGGCCUCAAGUCUGUCCCUCCUUCUUCUGGUGCUGUGUGCUCUGUCUGUGGCUCAGUCCCAGCUCAAGGUGUUUAACUUGCAUGCCAGCGGUCUUCCCUCGGACAUUUUGGGGAUCAGUGACGGUUAUGUCAAGGUGUUUUGUGGCUCGGCCACUCUGGGCACAACGGCAGUCCGUAAGGACAAUGCUAACCCUUGGUGGGAGGAGGAGUUCUCCUACUUCAAGGCCCAGGAGCAUGACGUGUUGAGGCUUGAGGUUUAUGACCAUGAUUUGGUCUUUGAUGACCAGCUGGGCGUGUGCCAGAGACAGAUCCGACCUGGAACCCAUCAGCACGACUGCUUCCUGAAGAAUGGUGGCACCCUCCAUUACGUCUACACCCUCGGCCCAAACACUCAAUAAGCAUUACGGAUAGUUUUCUUUUACAAGUUACCGGCUUUUCUGCAGGAGACCAGCAGGGUUACACUAAGAUGUGGCUGUCUGACUGCAUUGCUGUUUCCAAUGUUGUAAAAAGGAAAUAAAGUAAAUUUCAACAAUCAAA